AUGCACGGCGGCCUCUCGCCCGACCUGCGGUCGCUGGACCAGAUCAAGAAGAUCGGUCGCCCUACUGAUGUACCAGACGCCGGUCUGCUGUGCGACCUGCUGUGGGCUGACCCUGACAAGGACAUUCAAGGUUGGGGAGACAACGACCGGGGUGUGUCGUACACGUUCGGCGCGGAUGCCGUCACUGACUUCCUUGACCAGCACGACCUGGACCUAGUUUGCCGCGCUCAUCAGGUUGUGGAAGACGGUUAUGAGUUUUUUGCCAAGCGCCAGCUCGUCACAGUCUUUUCCGCACCCAACUACUGUGGCGAGUUUGACAAUGCCGGUGCCAUGAUGAGUGUGGACGAGAGCCUCAUGUGCUCCUUCCAGAUUCUUAAGCCGGCUGAAAAGAAGCCCAAGUUCGGUUAUGGGGCAGCAGGAGGGGCGCGUGGAGCAGGCCAACCACGAGGUGGACGGAACCGUCCACUCGUCAUGCCACUCGCCCGUCGACACGUGGCGGCGGAGGAGAGCUUGGCAUCGCCGAGCGUUCUCCGCGCAGCCAGCAGUGAUGACCCGCGGGGGAUGCUGGAGGGCGUGUCCAUGGCGUGCCUUGUGGGCCUCGUGAAGCAACUGGCUGUCCUUUCAGACCACGCCUCGCGUGUGUUCGAGGGUUUGGCGGCGGACCUAGCGGAGGUGGCGUCGCGGCGGGAGCAGGUGGCAGCGCGGGCCCGGGGAAUAGAGUCUGUGGUGGGACGGAUAGAGGAGCGCAUUCUUAAGGACAGCCACCCGCUCGCACUUGCGUACACGCCAGGCGUGCGAUGGCGCGCGCACGUGCCGACGGCGCAACAGGUGCUCCUCUCCGCCGACCGCCCGCUCGUCAUCGUCGCCGCGUACCAGAACGCCGCUCCCGCGCCCCCCCUGCAGCGCCUUCACAGGCUGUUGCCUUCACCCGCGGGAGAUCUGGCGGAAGGGGAAGAUGGUGGCUGUGGGACCAGGGAGGUGCGGGAAGCAGGGGGUGACUGGCGCGCAUGCGAUGACGCGCAGAGAGGAGGGGAAGAAGCUGCAGGCGAGGGGAGCGAUGGAGCUGACGGCAUUGAAGGCGGGGACUCCCGAGCCGCGCGGGCGGCGGAAAUCCUGCUGCAGCUGGGCCCCCAGUCCCCCCCCGAUGCCUCGUCGUGGAUGGCCGCGCGACUGCUCCGCUCCUCACUUCUUGCACCAUCCGUGGAGAUUAGAGCGGAGAGAGGAGAUCGCGAGCGGUGGAGUGGUGAUGACGUGGACGAGGGGUUGCGUCGGGGAGACGUGGGAGAGGGGAGGGAUGGGGAGACAAUGAGGGCAAGCUCUGAAGCACGGGCAGGGGAGGAUGGGGGUUAUGGUGAGCCAGGGAGAUGGAGCGAAGAAGCAGGGAGAGAGGAAUCAAGACUCGCGUUUGAUACCGAUCAUUGGGACGAGGAGGAACGGCACGUUGAGGAAGGCGCUAGGGAUGGAGAGCGCGAGGGGGAAGUGAGAGAGGAAGAGGAGGGUUCAGGAACGAGUGGGAGGGGAGAGAAGGGAAGGGCGGGUGAAGGGGCAGCGCUGGGGUGGUUGGAUGCGGGAGACGGGUUGGAAUUCGAUGUGACGCAAUUCGUGCGCGUGCUGGAGGAGGAAGGCGCGGAGGACACAGAGGAGCACGUGGGAGGUGCCCAUGAGUCGCUUCCAACCACACCAAGGGAGCAUGGCCGCGAUAGGCGAGAGGGGCGGCAGCAAGGGCAGGGAGUGGAGGUUGAGCAAGGGAAGGUGGAGGUGCAGGAGGAUAUUGGAGAAGGGAAGAUGGCAGGUACGGGGAGGGAGGAGGUGGAGGAGGAGGAAAAGGGUGAGGGGCAUGAGGCGCGCUUGCUUUCGAAUGGUAACUGGCAGUCCAGCGGUGGGAGUGAGGCGUCGGAAGAGGUUGAGAAAGGCGCGUUGGACGCGCAUGUUGAAAGGGAGGAAGAAGCCGCAGUGGAUUCUGAGGAGGACGAUGCUGAGGGGAUGGAGGAUGGGCGGGGAUCGUCAGCUGGGGAUGGGGAGGCAGUGGGGAAGAUCGAGCUUGGAGCAACGGAGCAGCAGCAGCUUGACAAGGCGAGAGAGUCGAACGUGCCAGGCGCUUCUCAGCAGCAUGAGCACAGGCAGCAGGAGGAGCAGCGAGAGGAAGAGCAGGAGCAGGAGGAAGUGCAUGGGGAGGACGCGGGAGACGGCGGCACAGCAGCGGUAUCUGCUGGUCGAUCAGCUCACCCCCAUUCGUCUUCACCCAAAGACGCAUUCGCUCUCCACACCCCACACUCCAUCUCCGCCACACCCACCCCGUCCUCGCCCACCCCACAGGCGCCAGUUACCAGCGGAGCAGCAGCAGCGUCGCCCUGCUCCUCCGCCUCCUCAUGCUCGUCUGUGUCUGGUCGUUCCAUGUCUCACUCCGUGUCCAAGUCACUCAAGGACUUGUCCGUGCUGCAGCAGAAGCUCAGGGCGCAGAGGGGCGACGUGCAGAGACUGGCAGCUGACAGCAUGCAGCUGCAGCAGUGGCUGGGCCUGCAACCACACCAAGUGCUGCUCUCGCCUUCCGCCUCUCCAAGCACUUCUGCUGCCGCUGCUGCUGCCGCUGCGAUCGCCCCAUCUGAUUCUGCUGUCUCUGCGCCUUCUGAUUCUCUCUCCAGCGGACACCAGCAUGGCAAGCAGCCAUCCGGAGCUGCUGAGAGCUUCAGCACGGGUGCCGGGAUUAGUUCCGGCAGCACCGCUAGCAGCAGCUGCAGUGUUGCUGGCAGCGGUGGCGGCGGUGACGGUGGUGGCGGCGAUGGGGCGAGCAGCAGCAGCCUCACAAGCAGGCCACGGCGAUUCAGCUUGGGCUCUGCGGCGAUGGGGGCAGGAGGAGGAACGGCAGGGGCGGCUUCUGCAGCAGCCUUGGCAGCUGCAGUGGCGGCAGCAGGAGGGAACCCAGUGGGUGUGGCAGUGCGCAGGGAGAGAGACGUGGCUGGAUCGCUCUGUGUGACUGCUGCUAACAGUGGUGAACCUUUGGCCGGUGCUGCUGAUUCUGUUACUGAUGUUGAUGGUGCUGCGGCUGUAUCAGAAGCACUGAACUUGGAUGGUGAGAAAGAGGGCAGGUCACAUGCAGGGUACAAUGGGGAGCACAGCUUGUCUGUGAAGCAGAGUGAGGUCACGCAGCUGAGCCAGGAGGGAGUUGGACCAGCGCUCCAGAGGCAGCAGGAGCAGCAGCAGAGGCAGGACCAGGAGCAGGAGCAGCAGCCGGGAAAGGAGAUACAGAAACAUGGUGGGCGGAGAGGAGGGAUUGAGGUGAUAAGGCGGAGUGCGUCCCUGCCUGCCGUCUUCCAGGAGCCAGACAAGGCCGAGCAACCACGUGUACAGGAGAACGAGCAGGGGCAUGAGCACAAGGGCGAGGGCGAGGGCGAGGGCGAGGGUGAGGGUGAGAAUAACGCCAGUCAGGGCAGCGAGGCGCAGGUGUCACCUCCCCAUCGUGCUCUUUCCCAUGCUCACUCCUUCGCUGCUGCCUCUGCUGCGUCCCCUUUCUUCCUGCCCCACCCACUCGCCCCCUCUUCUCCCCCUCAACUGCCCUCUGCUGCCUCUGCUGCAGUGGCAGAGACACAUGAGAAGGAGGCGGUUGAAUCUGCUGAUGCUGCUGCCUCUUGUCUUGCUGGUGCAAGAGACAGGGAUGUGCCGCCUGUUAGCUCCUCUACCCUGGAUUACCCAGCUCCACCUGCGUCCCAACCAUUUGGCUCUCAUAGCCCUGCUCCCCUCAUUGUCCCUUCCCCCUCCAUCUCCUCCUCCUCCACCUCCUCCUCCUCCUCGGCCUCUGCCCCUGUUCCCCCCUCUGUCACCUCUGCCCGCUCCUGCCUAUCUGCUUCCCCACAAACCGCUGCCUCUGCACAUUCCUCCCCAUCUGCCUCUUCCUCCUCCACAGUCCACUCCUCUCCCUCCCCCUCCACCUCUCGCCUCUCUGCCUCUGUUGCCUCCUCCACUCGCUCACCCUCCUCCUCUUCCUCCUCCGCCUCUCCAUCCCCCUCCUGCUCCUCGUCUUCCUCCUCCUCCCUGCUCCCCUCUUCCACCUCUCGCUCUCAGGCCUCCACACACACUCCCUCUCACCCCCGCAGUCGCACUCACUCCCUCGUUUCCCCUUCCUCGCCCUCUAUCCUUCCUGUCUCGUCCCUCUCAACUGCCUCCCACGGCAAAGCCCGCUCUUCCCAUCAGCACGCUUCUCCGCACUCGCCCACCACAAGCACCACCCGCCAGCGUGCAGUGCCAUACUCCCCCAAUGCGACCAGCGCUCACAUUCCCAGCUCCGUUCUCCUACCUGUGGAUACCAAUGCCACGGGUACUGUGGCUGCUGCCACUGCUGCUCCCUUGCUAUGUGCCUCCACACCGAACGCACCUCCUCGCACCUCCGUGCCCUCCAAUUUUCCCGCAGACCCCGCCUCUGGAGUCUCAGCUGCUCUCGCUUCUCCCUCCACCCGCCAGCCCAUGCCUCUGCUCUCCCCGCCGUUCUCUGCUGUGCCAGCUGCUCCUGGUAGCUCGUCAGCAGCGCCACUCACCUCCGCCCACGGCAGUAGUAGUACACUCACAGGGAAGCCAGUUCCAUCUUCGCUCACCCUCCUCCCUCAUGCCCAAUCUCCCUCCUCCCCACCACUCCACCCUGCUAGCUCGCCUCCCGCUGCUGCGGCCACCAGCAGCACCUUACCUACCUCGCCUAUCACCACUCCCAGCUCUUCGCUCCGAAUCAACUCUCCUCCCCCCUUGCCCUCCACACCUCCCUUUACCUCCGCCCUCCGCUCCCCUCACGCCAUUGCGAAGGCCCGUGCUCGUGCCCUAGUGCUCGCCAACUCCCUCUCACUAGACCCUCCUGCACCGCCUGCUUCUACUGCUGCCACUGCUGCUGCUGGCCCCAGCAGCAGCAGCAGCAAGCACACACACACUAUCGCGCACACCCAUGGCAGCAGCACCAAAGCCCCCCCCACCAGCCCCUCAGAAGCUCGUUCCCGUAGCCCUGUCUCCCACCGUACCUACCCUCGCCACCGCAAGUCUCCCCCUGCCUCCCCCCACGCCCUGCGCUCCCCCGCGCACCCUGUUUCGCCCCAGCAUGACGCGGGCGGAGGAGGGAGGAGAAGCAGGGUUGGGGGGAAGAGGGGUGGGCCAUUUCGGCAGAGGUCAGGGGAAUGGAUGGGGUGGGAGGAGAGAGAGGGAGAGGAGGAGGGUGCUUGGUCUAAUGCCACUGAGAUGGCACGAGCACAAAGUGAGCAGUGGGAGAGAGAGAGGGUGAGAGGGAGUGGAGCAGGGGCAGCAGGGAAGAGAAGGGAUUCGGGAGUGGGAGUGGGGGCUGGCAGGCGGGUGAGUGGUUCCGGCGAGAGGGAGAGAGAUGGGGAUGGUAGAGCUGAGGGGCAUAGGCAGCAGCUGAAGCAGCAGCAAAAUAGUGACUUGGAGGCGAUUGGCGUAGGGAAGGGGCACAUGGAGGAGAGCACACGAGGCGGUGGUCGAGAGCACACAGGAAAGAGGAGAGACGUGAAGUUGCAACAGGUGCAGCAGGUGCAGCCGGUGCAGCAGGUGCAGCCGGUGCAGCAGGGCAACGGGGCCCUGCCAGGAGCACCUGCCCUUGCUUCGCCCUUUGCACCAGCUGCCGCCGCUGCUGCUGCUGGAAGUGCAUUGCCCGCAGCAACAUCAAGCCAGUUUUCCCCCGCCCUUGUCUCUCCCCGUGCUGGCUCCUCCCUGCUGCCUUUGGCAUCUCCAAGCUACUCCCACACCCCUCCUGCCUCCCUCGGCCAUUCCUCCUCUGCUGCACCACCGUCCUCCUCCCACUCGUCUCACUUCUCUGCGAGCCAGCCCAGGCCGCUCUCGUCCACCAGCAAGGGCCCUGAUUCUCUCACACCUGCUGCCACACUGGCAGGGGCGGGUAUGAGAAGUGGAGUCAGCUCAGUGGGUGCGUCUGGUGCAGGUGGCAAGUGGGCAGGCAGUGGUGGUAGUUAUCGCAGCAGCGAUGGGCACACCCCAGGAAGUGUUCAGUCGCAUGCUGUAGGGAUGAGGGGUGGUGUGGGCAGUAGCAGCAACGACAGAGUCACUGGCAGUGGCGGCGGUUUCAGCCAGGUCCUCUCCUUAGAGCUGUCGCAGGGGCAUGGCGCCGUGGUGCUGGUGGCAGUGGCAACAGGAAUCCUUAACUUUUGGAUGAGUGCAGGCGUGAUGUCAGCGAGGAAGAAGUACAACGUUCAAUACCCGAUUCUGUACGCAUCUGAGUCUCACAAGAACGCCAAGGAGUUCAACUGCGUGCAGUCCCCUUGUCCACCCGCCCCUGCCAGUCUCCCAUACCCGGACGCCCCAGAGCGGUUACCCCUGCCCCAUUUUCCUCAAAUUCCUCCCCCUGUUAUCCGCUCUUCCCCUCGCCCCGCACCUCAUCCACAUUCCCAGGACUCCUCCCGACUCGGUUCCCUCAUCCUGGCUGUCUGCCCGUUCUAG